AUGCCGUUAUAUGGGGUCAACUACCCGCCGUGCAGGGCCGCGGCGGCAUCAACGGUAGCAGCAGCAGCAGCACUAUCGCUGGCCCUGCUCUGCUCUUGCUUCUUCUCCUCCAUGCCGAGCGCGACCGCGAGCGCCGCCGUCGUCACGGUCGACAAGUCCGGCAAAGGCGACCACCGGAGCAUCCAGGACGCGAUCGAUGCCGCCCCGGCGAACGGCUCCGCCGGCGGCGGCACCGUCAUCCGGAUCAAGCCCGGGGUUUACAGGGAGAAGGUCGUGGUGGACAAGCCGUACGUGACGCUGACCGGCACGAGCGCCAGCUCGACCGUGAUCACCUGGAACGAGUCCUGGGUCUCCGACGAGUCCCCCACCGUCUCCGUCCUGGCCUCCGACUUCGUCGCCAAGCGCCUGACGUUUCAGAACACGUUCGGGGACACCGCGCCGGCGGUGGCGGUGAGGGUCGCCGGCGACAGGGCGGCGUUCUACGGGUGCAGGUUCGUGUCGUUCCAGGACACGCUGCUGGACGAGAGUGGGCGCCACUACUACCGCGGCUGCUACGUGCAGGGCGCCACCGACUUCAUCUUCGGAAACGGCCGGGCUCUGUUUGACAAAUGCCACCUGCACUCCACGUCGCCCCCCGGCGCCGGCGGGGCGUUCACGGCGCAGCAGCGGUCGUCGGAGUCGGAGGAGACGGGGUACAGCUUCGUGGGGUGCAAGCUGACCGGCGUCGGCGUCGGCACCUCCAUCCUGGGGCGGCCGUGGGGCCCCUACUCCCGCGUCGUCUUCGCGCUCACCUACAUGUCCUCCACCGUGAGGCCCCAGGGCUGGGACGACUGGGGCGACCCCGCCAAACAGAGGACGGCGUUCUACGGGCAGUACCAGUGCUACGGCGACGGGUCGAAGACCGACAGCAGGGUCGCCUGGUCUCACGACCUGACGCAGGCGGAGGCGGCGCCGUUCAUCACCAAGGCUUGGGUUGAUGGGCAACGAUGGCUUCGGUAGUCCUUAAUUAGUAGAUUCUGCCAUUGAGAUGGCGACAUCACUAUUGAUAUAUAAACUUGUGUUUAGCUGUUUCGGUCCGACUCUUUCGCUUUGAAGUCAAUCUAAUCUGAUGCUAGCACUUAAUGUGAGCUCACACUAUGUAUAGUAGUGCUAUACAUUCGCUAGCCAAAGCGACUCUCACUGCAUCUGUAUGCAUGCACGGUGAUGCUUCACCAACUAUAACCGUGGCAA